AUGGAAGACUCGCCACCAGCAACCUCAGCAGCGUAUUCUGUAUCGCGCUCACGUGGGAAGCAACCGGGGGAGUCCCUUUACAACGCCAAACUCAGAGCCAUGAGGAAAGCGAAGGCGCAAGCGAGGUCGUCUGAUGAGUCCGAAUCUGAAGAUGAGAUUGAGCCAGGUGAGUUCGUGCACGGCGAUGCCCCCAAGAUGGGCUCUUCUGUUCAACUAAGCGGAAGUUUGGUAGGUGCUGUGAUCUUACAUAAAAUGUUCAGGCGCAAAGUCGUCCUUCAUCCCGACAACACUGUCGUCAAAUCCGGGCUGCGCAUAGCCUUGGGGGAAGCCGAGGCACUCAGAGUAGCUGCUCGUGCUGGAAUCCCAGCCCCGUGUGUUCACGAUGUGCAGGCGACCUCCGAUGGCCAAGGCCGCAUACGUAUGGACUACAUCCAAGGACAAUCCCUCGAUAAGCUAUGGCCCGACAUGUCGGCCGAGCAAAGGAAGGACAUAGCGCGGCAACUUCGAGAAAUCGUCGUGACAAUGAGAUCUGUGGCCCCUCCCCCCAAUCUCAUCGGCGCCUGUGACAGUACCGAAAUCCGAGACACGAGACUGUACAACACAUACCAUUCUCCGCCCUGCCGUGACGAAGCAGCAUUCAACGACUUCUUGUUAUCCGGCCUCUACGAAAGUAUACCUCCGCUUUUGCGCGAGGCAUUUUCCCGGCGGUUACGGACCAAUCAUCGCGUUGUUCUCUCUCAUUGCGAUCUCGCACCCAGAAAUAUCCUGGUGCAAGAUGGCAAAAUCAAAGGUCUUGUCGAUUGGGAGGAUAGUGGAUGGUACCCAGAAUACUGGGAAUAUGUCAAGUUCUUCCAACGCGCUGCUGACAAGGAAUGGAAAGAGUACGCAGAGGAUAUUUUCCCAGAGCUGUACCACGAUGAGUUGGUCGAUUUUGUUGCGAUAUCCAAGUGGCAGAAUUCUUAA